UGAUGGGAAACUAUAGAAGUGAUCAAAGGGUGCAAAUGAGAUCUGGUAAAUGCUAUUCAGACAGCGAUCUUGCCAUUCGCCCUCUUGUAAACAAGCAUAAGUUGGAGAAGGCACCCCCUGCCGGAUUGGUCGGCAGUUGGUGAAAGUAAACUUUGGGAUUUCCACACUGUUGCUUUGGUCUCUUCCUUCCUGUGUGAAACUUUUCAACUUUGAGACCAUGAACCGUCAUCUGCAACCUCGACUUUCAGUAGUGCACCAACAUGGACAACAUGGACGAAGUUCUCGUUCAUAUCACCACCCCCACCACUCGUCAGAAAGAUGAAGUCUACAGGUCAUUGGCCAACGCCUACCACCAGUUUGAGCCUUGUUCCGUGCACCAUUCAGAACCCACGGGCAACAUGAUCAGCCAUUCUGGGCCCGAUGGAGACCCCGUAAAUGCGGACACCAACCAAGGUCAAGCCUCAGAAGACGAUCUGUUACCGAGCAAAGAAUCGUUCUGGAGUUUCCCAACCCAUGUUUCUUCCGAGAAAUCCGAGAACUUCCCACCACCUGACCCUUCUCGUACUCCAGCGGACUCGAUGGCCGACUCCUUGGUGGACUCGAGUCGACUUGCACAGUUAGAGCGGAUUCGGAAAGUAUGGAAGAAACGGCAGGACGCAAGGUCGAGUGUUUCGCAGGCAUUUCGAUCUAGUGGAAGAAAAAAUGAUAGGGAGCUAGACGAUGCUGCAUACCUCGACGACACCCAACUAGCAGCCCAAGCUAUCCAGAGUCAACUGAGCGAUACCUGCUCUAUGACCUCGGAGGACACGUCAGAUGAUGAAUUCAAUUCCUGUUACCAUGGCACAGCUGUCCCGGCUGGUCCACCUCCUGAAGCCAGCAGUGCAAACGCAGACGAUGAAAACAAAAGGCAGUCUCCUGAAUCGAUAUCACAGAAGUGUCAAGACUCUCCUGUACCUGAAAAGGACUACCAGGAUAGGCUUGAAGAUCUCCAAGUAUCUGAUGAAGAUGUUUCAGCAUACUCGUUCGAUCUGGAUGUCUUACCGGUCCAGAUAGUCCCUCCUGGCCCAACCAUUUCCGUGGGCGCAGCUGAUAAACUACCUUCGCAAAUGACUGCAUUUCUUCACACCGUUAAACGUCGAGGUUCAGGUCUGUUUGUGCCCGUUGAUCGGACACGAGCUUUGGAAGCUGACGAAAGAGGCUAUUGGUCUGUUGACACGACCGAGUGGCCUGUGACCACUCAGAACAGGUUUUGGAGAUCAUUGAACCAUCGUGUCUCUUGCGGCGAUCUCGGUUGGGGCAUACUUCUCUACCGCGAAUCAGAAUGCACAAAGCAGGACGUAAGUCUGGGCAGGAUCCGUGUGUAUUGUUGGGGUGAGGUGGCAGAGGCGAUAUGGCUGGUACUGUGGAUUUGCUCCGGGGGCAAUAUCCAUGGGUCGCUCUCUAAGUGGUUAGAUGCAGAGGGAACGAUGGUUAUCCAAAUGCCUUGAGAAUCUGCUAUGGGUUCAGGGAGUUCCUUGAAUAGUUGCAACCCAGGUCUGCCCAUCUGUAUAUUGUUUGGGUUUUCAACGAGAUAUUUGGAAAUAAAUUUGAC